AUGACUUCCUUUAUAACGACAGUCAACCAGAGAACCCGGAACCAAUUCCGGCCCCGCGCUGGCGGCAAGGGCAACACAUCCUACCAGCUGCGCCAGUAUGCCGAGGCGACAUUGGGCGGUGGCUCCCUGCGCAAGGUAGUCAAGCUGCCCGAGGGUGAAGAUGAGAACGAGUGGCUCGCCGUCAACAUGGUCGAUUUCUACAACCAGGUCAACCUGCUGUAUGGUGCCAUCACCGAAUUUUGCUCGCCGCAGAGCUGCCCGGAGAUGAAGGCCACAGAUGAGUUCGAGUACCUCUGGCAGGACAAUGAAAACUACAAGCGACCGACCAAGAUGCCGGCGCCGGCCUACAUUGAGCAGCUCAUGUCGUGGGUGCAAGGCAACAUUGACAACGAGGCGGUCCUGCCCUCGCGCAUCGGCGUCCCCUUCCCCAAGCAGUUCCCCAGCCUCGUCCGCCAAAUCUUCAAGCGCAUGUACCGCGUCUACGCCCACAUUUACUGCCACCACUACCCCGUCAUUCGCGAGCUCGGCCUCGAGCCCCACCUCAACACCAGCUUCAAGCAGUACGUCCUCUUCAUCGACGAGCACCACCUCGCCAGCGGCAAGGAUUACUGGGGACCCUUGGGCGACCUAGUGGAGAGCAUGUUGAAGAGCGACUAA